GUUCCGUCAUUUGCAAUGGAGCUAAAAACUCACUAUUUUUUUUGUUUUGGAAUAUGAUGGAAUAAAGUAAAAUGACUCACUAAAGUGGUUCAUGCAAUUUUUUAUGCGAUUUUCACUAUGUGUCAGACUGCAUACAUCCAAUCCCCUUUACCCCACCCGUAGGUGGGAGCCUUUGCAGCACUGGGGUGAUGAUGAUGAUGGAGUGAUUUGAUGCAACAACAAACAUGGAAAUUACUUUUAAAAGAAAAAUAAUGUUUUGCAGAUCUCUUUCAUCUAACAAACAUGAAAAUAAUGUUUGUCUAUUUCCAGGAGAAUCCGAUUUGAAGCUCUACAGAGCAAAGCUGGCAAGAAGCUGUUGAGGAGAUCUGGAAGAGCUCCUGAUGAUAUUUCAAGUGUAGUACUUGUCGAAAAAGAGAGGUCAUAUGUGAAAUCAGAUGCUGUUUUGAAAAUAAUGCAAUACAUAGACUUCCCUUUCCCUCAAUUGUCUCUGCCUUUGCAUUUUUUGCCUUUGGCGGAUUUGCUGUCUUGGCUUGAGGAGAUCGGCGUUGUGGUCAAGGUUCGAGAAUGAUGCGUUGCUGUCGUCGUUGGAGAAGAUCGGCGCCGCCUAUCCGUUUACUCUGGUUGCAUGGGGCAGAGAUGAGUUUGGUUAUGCAGGGAUGGAGGAUUGAUGCAUGGCCUUUGGCAGCCAAAGGUCACGGAGUAUCAAUUAGCAUGGUACCGGUGGUAAGACCUCCUCCUGAACCACCACCAUGGGAUGUACGGGGGGUUCUAGAGUUCGUGAACGCUUUUCUUGUAGUUUUUAUCUGUUUGUUAUUUGUUUUCUUGUGUCCACUUUUGUUGUUGGUUUUGACAGUUUGUUUGAGUUUUUUGCCUCUUUUUAUGUCAUUGGGUAUGGUUGGAUCUAUGGGAAUAGGUUUGGCUGUGUCAAGCCCACUACAUGGUUAGCGAUUCGUGUUGCUCUCUCAUGGGUGACCGUCUCAAAGUCUCACCAUAGGGUUACAGUCGUAAUUGUUGAAGUUUCAGUUGGUGUCAGUUUUAUUUUCCUUUUGCUUGAUGUAAUAAUCCCGAAUCUUUUGAUUUGAAUAGAGACCCGUUUGAUGAUAAAAACAAAAUGUUUGGGGUGUUUAUCUCACACCUCUUCAAAGUUUGGGGUAUUUCGAUUAUUUUUUUCUACUAAAA